UCCGUGCCGGCUGGGUCCUUCGAGCCGGAUCUACUGCGCACCGAAGCGCGCAUUUUGCCCAGAGCCCAGUUGUUGUCCAACAGUUGCUGUGAACGCGCGCUGUGUUUUGUUGUGUCACCAGAUGUUUUAAGGACUUGCCGCAAUGAGCGUGACGUGGCUAGUACUAUGGGCUGCGUGCGCCGUCGUGUCCACGAGCGCUGAACGCGGCUCUUCGCUGCGAGGCGCCUUGGAAGCACUGCAGCGGCGACAGCGAGGACGUAUGCAUGGUCCCAUCAUCCCCCAACCUGACUAUGAUGCGCUCUACGAAUUUGUACCACCGCAAGGCUACCCUGAACCGGAAUAUGCUGUGGAUGUCGAGGAUAUGGAUGAAGAACCCAACCCGAAAUACAUUGUCAAACUGCUAGACGACAAUGACAGGCCACCUGAAUCUUACGAAUACAAAUUAAUUAAAAAGAAAAAUACAGUAAAUGUACUACCGAAAAAGGAAUCUGCUUUUCGUGAAAGAAGUCAUCAUACUGACAAUGAUAGACUGCGCGAUUUAUUCAUGGACAAAAAUGAGGCCGAUGAUAAAAAGGAGUCUCCUGCAAUAAACAAGAACGAUGCUGAAUAUGCAUUACUUUUGGGUCAACUAUGGUCAAAAUACAAAUACAAUAAGGCACAUGGCAACACAGUCGAUAAUGCACCCCAAGGUGUGGUAAAACUAUACAAGGAAAAGAUUGUUAAAAAGCGAUAUCCCGACAACUGGGGUCCUAUCGCUUUCAAGCGGAAGCGAAGCCCGGACUCCGAUGCUGAUCGACCAAUCCUACCUGAUUACGAAGGAGCAAAGCAAAGGGCUGGAACUGUUGAUCCUAAUUAUAAUGCUUAUGAAAUACCUGAUGAGGACAAAGAUGAUUUACUGGAGGAAUACGCUAUCGCCUUCCAGCCUUUAGAUGAUGAUAGCUUAUCAGACCUAGCUGAUGACGACCAGUAUACUUAUGACACUGUCGAAAAACGUUUCCCUGUUACCAAGCGAAGUAGCGGACCUUACGACUUCGGAUCACAAAAGAAAAGAUUUACACAAAGCCAAAAAAAACGUGAUACUGCUAAAACAUUUCGUAGCAGCGCAGGCACGGACCCGAAGAUUAUAAAGGAUUUAUCAAAAAUAUUCGGAGAAUCUGAAUCGGACAUUAUCAAAUCACCAGUAAAACGAAGUAGCGAUCAUGAAGAAAGCUUGCAUGAUGUUAAACCUCCGACGUUGACAGCAGUGCAUCAUAAUAAUACUCAUGCCAAUAACUCUGUUACUCUCGAUGAUGACAGCCAUGAGCAUCAUGGUCACAACAUUCACCAUCCAGGCACAACCGGCAAAGAAUCUGAACAUGAUCAAACUCAUGAUAAUAAUGAAAGCGAAAAGCCAAUAAUUGUCAAGAAAAAAUCAAUUGACUGGUCUGACUACUUUGGAAUCGACAAGCGCAUGAAGAAACCAACUCCUUAUGUAAAUGACCUAACUCAGGAGAAACUUCGCAAACAAUACUUCGACACCUUCAACAAAGAAGUGAUCUAUCCGUACAACUCAUACCGAACACAUACCAACGUAAAGAGGAACUACGUCCAACCUAAACUCAACGAGGAAACUGAAAUCCAGAUGGACACGGCUCAAGCACUUGCUGUACAAAACGACAACAAAAGAAAUGCCAAAGACAAUGAUUCAAAAUUGGAUAACAUUGAUAAAAAAUUACGAAACAUGGAAGGACUCAUUGUUGACGAGGCAUUACACUAUUCCAACAUUGGCGACGAUCUGGACUCAAAGGAAGAACAAGAAAUGAAAGAAAAAUUACUAUCGCGGCUGGCUGCUGCAUAUAGCUUGGAAAAGAUGAGAAAGGCCUUAAAAGAAUUUAAACAGAGUUUGCAAUCCCAGAAGGCACUAGCUGUACCCUCUCCGAAUCCUGCAGACGAGGUCAAGUCUAAAAGAGUUGCAGUGAAGAAGGAACUGAUUACUAGCAAUGAGAUCCCCGCUUUCAACAAAGACGAACGCCAUGAAGAUUUCGAAGACGAACAAGGCGCAGGACAUUAUUUAAAUGGGAAGAUGGAAGAGUUCUCUGAAGGAUAUAUGGGCGGCAGCGGCAGACAUCGUAUUCCUGUUACAUCUACUGCAACUGCCUCAGGAUCAUGUCCAGUUCUUGCGAAAAUUGUACAACGUUGCCGAGGCGUGGAUCUGUUGGCCGGCGAUCGAGGACAGCUUUUCCUGCCACUCUGCAGCCUCCACCAGAUCUGCUACCUAUGUGGCGAAGCUCCACCGACAACCUGCGACUUGGUAUUCCUCUCCGAAGCUGACACAACAUGUGAAGGAGAUAUGAGCUGCCAGCGCGCUGCCCGCUCCGCUCUCAUGGCCCUCAGAGAACUUCACGACAAUUUGGCUGAUGAACUGGAUGGGGAAUGUGAGGCGAGCCCGUGUCUGCCAGCCACCCUAAAACUCAACAUCGGCUGGCAACGGGCCCUACAGCGAUAGACCGUUAAUCCCAAAUCGAAACUCAAGGCAGCAAAUGAUAUCAGAAGCCUGAACUGCGUUUACGAGCUUCUUUGUACCACUUCGGUUCUAAACGUGGCACAGACUUCUCUACUGACACUUCUCAUCGAGGAACGCGUAGACCGUGGGAUAGGGGCAACGUUUCCAAUCAUGUACUUGAACUAUCAUUUCACUAUAACUAUCACUUAGACAAAUCUUUGUAAUAUUCGUACGAUUCUAACCAGCCAUAGAUUCGUAGGAAUAAUGAUCAACAAAUGAAUUAAAAGUUAAAUCAGCUAGCGUGUUAUUUAUGCGAAAAUUCUACGCUUUCAUUGUUAAAUGUAAUUUGAAUAUUAUAUUGUAUUGAACGUUGUGUGGACGAUUUUCUAGAUAUGUUUUUGCUAAAGUAACACAGAUCGACCUUGUUCCCCGGACGGAGCGUCGGGAAGGGCUAGGUGUUGGAAAUGAAAGUGUUUAUGGAUGUAAUGAGAUGGUCACUUUAUUGUUGUUAAGUAUUUACCUAUUAAGUGUAUUUGUAUUUACAUGUGUCGACGUAAGUAUUGGAACUUAACGGAAGAUUAUAUAUGUAUUUUAAUGUAAUUGUCCAAGCCGAGUGCAGUAUUUAGAAUACAAUUGGCACUUUUAUACAUCAAAUACAACUUAUAUAUCUAUAUUUUCUAUUGCUUUUAAACUUCUCUCGACAACUGAAUUUUGUAAAACGCGUGUGAUCUCAAACGACUGUUUGCCCCCGUUGAAAGUUUUAACUCAUUUGAGGUCGCGACGAAAAAUUUUAAUACUAGGUCGGCACUAUAGACUAUACUAGGACAAUAACGUUCGGUUUACACAAAUGACUAAUUAUAACGAUUAGUCAUAAGGUCAAGAACUAUUCUUUAUACGAGUGGUAUGAGCCACUCUGUCUUCAAAGUCUUCCGUCGAAAUUUGGCAUCAAAAUGUGUCCUUCGUACCACGGAAUCUGGCCGAGUUCUUUUAAAACUCUCCUUGAUGGAAUUUUAAUAUAUAUCUUGACAUAUACAAUAAAGGUUAAUCGGAUACAUUGAUAAUUAGAUAGUAAAUGAUUGUAAUUUAAUAUAAAAAAACAAUGUAUUUAACGGUGUAUGUUGCCGUUCAAUUUAAUUACUUGGAUGUUAUCACUUGACUCAGUAUUAACACGCGAACAUAAAUAGUUUUCAAUAAA